AUGGCAGAGCCAAUUGGAUUGGCGUCGGGCGUGCUAGCCCUAUCGCUCUUUCCCUUCAAGUCCGGCAGGAAGCUCUUCCACACGAUCCAGACUUUCGGCUCCCUCCCUCGCCAAGUCCGGGAGCUACUGACGGAGCUUGAGGGCUUGACUUUGGUUUUGCAGAAAAUCUCUGAGAUGGGCGAUCUCGAUUCAGAUGUCGACCUUUCGGCCCUCAGACUCGCGCUAGAACAGUGCAAGCAAGCCUGCGAUGACGUUGAAGCUGAGCUGCUGACGUACUGCUCGCGGUCUGGCCUUCGCGAACCUGUAAGUGCUCUCCAUUUUGCCUUCCUGGUCUUCCUGAUCCUUGCUAAUCGCGCAUCUGCCACAACCGCCGAGGCCAUCCAGGCCUGUCGGGACUUGGUCGCAACCACCACUGUCGAUUUGGAGGCUCAUUUACAGAGUAUAGUGCAGAAGUUGGAAGUCCUGGCAAAUCGUACCGUUGUUAGCUCGGAUUCGGGUGAGGACGUUCGUCAACGCGUAGAAGAAGAACGACUGAGCACGGAAAAGGGCAUCCAGUUCUGCGCCGUGCUUUCUCAGCAGAUUGAACAGCUCCAUAUCGACUUCUUCGGGGGCAACCAAGGUGCUCCGAGCAUCCGAGACCACAUUUCAGCCUCCAAGAUGCUUCUCGGCAACGGACUAGAGGCUUGCAGGGACCACAUGCGCAUCACCCUGGACCAACUCGAAAAGCAUCAGAGAACUAUCACCAAGCGUCUGGGCACCGGCCCGACGGCAAUGCACUCGGCGGAAGACCGCGCACUGCUCGACAGACUCUACAGUGAAGCCAAUACUCUGAGGCACUGCCUGGGGUUCUGUUCGGAUGUCGAUACCGUCUUGGAGUCGCAAAUCAGCAACAUCGAAAAUCACGCGGAAGGCGAUGACACGAUCCAGUUCAUGGUUUCCACGAAUGGCAAGCCGCUAAACGGCACAAACCGAGGCAUUGGUCAAACGCUGAAGCAGGCUGGUGAGCAAUUCGGCGAGACAUCCCUUCAACAGUUGUCCCAAGACUUCAAAAGCAUCGCUCUUCAUCAGAGUGGAGUUGGGAGGCGCAGCAAUAAGCCUACAGCUCCGAAGUCGGAUCAUGAGCCUACAGUUGCUAGUCCUACGACACCGUUCGGCGACCGACAUGGGCCAGGCUUCACACUCGCGAAGCCCCUGGCCGGAUCUGUGCCUUCUGGUUCGAUAGGUGUCUGAGUAACGCUGUUAUCUUGGCUCUCUCGACUGACAGGUUGAGCAUACCGUUGUAUGGAAGAAGCGACUUGAGAGGUCUGCUGCACAUAAGGAGAGCGCGGUUGCAAUUAUGUAUUUUGUACACUACGGGCUAUCUUCAGAUCUGCGUAUUGAGCAAGCUCAGUCCAUCGCCUGCCUUCGAGGUGACGUGGGAAAGGUUGGUAGGAACAGUAGUAAAGCUGACCAUUCCUUUCAAAAUUAUCAGCUGCUUCCAUUUCUGCUCAUCAGUCUCAACGGAUCGGGCAAAUUAAAAAUAGAUUCCGCCUUUAAGGAUCG